CGAGUUCUUAUUCACACGGAAAUGAGGGACGACAUGGAGAUUUCCGAAGCUCGGAAGGGGACAAACCGUGGACCUUAAUGGAUGAGGAAGCGAGGGAGAUUGGUGAGGGUCUUUGCAACCUUACGGGUGAAAUUUACGUCCCACCGGAGUGCAGGAGUAGGACUGCUGGGGGAGAAGAGGAGGAGGAAGAGGUGAUGUGGACGGAGAUGGAGGAAGAGGAGAUGCGGGCGGAAGCUGAGAUGAGGGAAGCCAUGUAUGGACAGAUUGGUGAGAUAUCGGACAUGUUCGAUGGUCUUACGAUGUGA